CAUUGGAGCCAAAGAAGAUAUCUCCGUCUCCUGCAUGGAAUUGCAGAAUCAGAUACAGAGAGCGAUUAGGAUUCCGUCGCCGGAGAGGAAUUUUUCACUACUUCACGCCAUGGACUUUAUAUUUCAUCAGCCUUCUUCCGCCGAGAAUUCUCUCAACAUUCGAAUUCUAGGCGAAUUUUCAAGAGUGAGGUGUUGGGUUCAUGGAGUCAGUUCCAACUCCAAGCACUGCUCUGCUGCCAUUGGUGCUGGAAGCAUACCCGAAAGCGACACACGUCACAUUUUUUCUGUUGCUUCUUCUUGCUUGUAUUCUGAUUGGUCAUCUUUUUGAGAAGAAAAGUUGGCUGAAUGAGUCAAUUACAUCCAUAGCCAUUGGUGUUUUCACUGGAAUUCUCAUUCUCUUAACUACUAGAGGACAAAGUUCUCACAUCCUAGUAUUCAAUGAACAACUUUUCUUCAUUUACCUUCUUCCACCUAUAAUAUUUAAUGCCGGGUUUCAGGUGAAGAAGAAACAGUUCUUUCGCAACUUUAUGACAAUCAUAUUGUUUGGUGCUUUUGGAAGUGUGAUAUCGUUUGUCAUUAUAUCACUAGGUUCCCUCCAUUUAUUCAAGAACUUGGAUGUUGGCUUCUUAGACAUGCAAGACUAUUUUGCACUUGGAGCAAUCUUAACUGCGACGGAUAGUGUUUGCACCCUACAGGUUCUUAAUCAAGAUGAGACACCUUUACUUUAUAGUCUAGUCUUUGGCGAAGGGGUGGUCAAUGAUGCUACCUCAGUGGUACUCUUCAAUGCAAUCCAGCAAUUUGACCUCUCUCACAUCACUUCUACAAAUGCCAUUCAAUUAGCUGGAAGUUUCUUAAGUUUGUUCUUGGGAAGCACAUUGCUGGGAUUAGCAGUUGGGCUGCUAUCUGCAUAUAUCAUGAAAAAGCUACAAUUCGGCAGGCACUCUACAUAUCGUGAAAUUGUCAUGUUGAUUUUGUUGGCCUACCUUUCAUAUAUGAUUGCUGAAUACUGGCAUCUUAGUGGUAUUCUUAGUGUGUUUUUUUGUGGGAUUGUCAUGUCUCACUACACUUGGCAUAAUGUGACUGAAAGUUGCAGACAGAUAAGUAGCCACAUUUUUGCAACAUUGUCUUUCGUUGCAGAGACUCUUAUCUUCCUUUAUGUUGGUAUGGAUGCCUUGGAUAUUGAAAAGUGGAGUUUUGUUAGAAUGAGCCCUGGGACAUCAAUUGGAGCAAGUUCUAUACUUCUGGGUCUUGUUCUUGUUGGGAGAGGAGCUUUUGUAUUCCCACUCUCGUUCAUAUCCAACUUGACCAGAAAGUCUGACAAAGACCGUAUUGGGUUUAAGCAGCAGGUUACAAUUUGGUGGGCUGGGCUCAUGAGAGGGGCUGUAUCUGUGGCUCUUGCUUAUAAUCAGUUUACAAUGUCAGGGCAAAAUCAAAUAAGAGGGGCUUCGAUGAUGAUAACUAGCACCAUUUCAAUUGUCCUCUUCACUAAUUUGGUCUUUGGAUUGUUCACCAAGUCUAUAGUAAGAAUCAUGGUUCCUAGAGUCAACAACACAACAUAUGCAGAUUUUCCUACACUGGAAUCAUUGAGCGAUCCGUUCCUGCUCGACGUCGACGAUGAUCUCGAAUCCGACAUGGAUGGAGCAAACAUGCCUCGUACAAACAGUUGCCUGUUGUUUUUGAGAUUUCCAACUCAAUGUAUCAAUCACUACUGGCGGAAGUUUGAUGAGUGUUUUAUGCGUCCUGUGUUUGGAGGGAGUGAUACAUCAUUGGAUCCUCACACUCCUGAAAAUUUCCCUUGAUUAUAGACUUGUAGAGAAGUGAUAUUAAAACUCGAAGAAAUUAAGAGCGAAUGAAAAAUACUUGUCUACACACGGGUCAGUAGAAAUUCUUUUAGAUAA